AUGGGUCAAAUGGCUGCAAAACAAAAUCAAAAUCAUAAUUUGGCUGUGUAGGAAGAAAAUUAAGUACAAGAACCUGAUAAAGAAAAUAUGGAAAUAGAAUAUGCUGAUCAAAUUAGUGUUGAAAACUAAAAAUUUCCAUUCUGUAUUGUUUGGACAAGUAUACCCGUUGCAACAUGGCUUAUUCCUUGUAUAGGACAUACUGGAAUUUGUACAUCUGAAGGAACUAUUCAUGACUUUGGGGGACCAUACUAUGUAGCAAUCGAUAAUUUUACUUUUGGAAAACCAUUAAAAUAUGUUAGAUUAAAUAAAGAAUUUGAAGUCUCAAGAUAAACUUGGGAUGAUGCUAUUUUAAAAGCAGAUGAUGAAUUUAAAUAAUAGACGCAUAACUUAUUUACAAAUAAUUGUCAUAGCCAUAUUGCAAAGGCUCUAAUUAAUAUGAAGUAUAAAGGGAAAUAAUCUUAUACUAUGUUUCACAUAUGGCUAAUGCUCAUUAUAAGUGGAUAAUAUGUUAGUUUUGGAAGAUUUGUUAUGACAUUCUUACCAACUAUCAUAUUUUAUGGGAUCAUUUUAAUGGUUGUGUUCUUGAGUAAAUGA